AUGGAUGAUCUAGUUACGACCAGGACUGUGAGCUGUGGUGGAGGAGGUGGUGGAGGUGAUCUUUCUCUGGGUGCAGGAGGGUCAGGUGAAAGAGCUGCGUCAGGAGGCUCUACUGGCACAAGCAGCUCGGUUCUGAUCACCACAUCCAGCAGCUCUGGUGGAUCUGGAGCAAACAAAGGCACCGGAGGCAUCAGCAUCACUUCUCUAGGAGCGUCCUCUGCUGUAUCUUCAGGGGGAGGGAGUUCUGGAGCCACUGGAGGGGGGUCCUCUGGCAUGUCUUCUGGUGGUAGAGAAGGAAAAAGGGAAAGGGGUCUCGGUGCUGUGACAGUUACGACAGUGACGAAGACCAGCAGUUCAGGAGGAUCUGGAGCAGCGAAGAGAGGAUCAUCCUCAGCUGUCACUUACUCACCUGUUCCCAAAGAGAGGAAGAGCACAACUGCCAUGGCAACAGCUCUGUCAGAUGUCUUUGAUGGAAGUUCAAGCUCAAACUCCUCUCCAGAGUACAACAGGAAGGAGUAUGGCAUUUCCAGUUCUGCUUCCAGAGGAAGAACUCCGAGCAGAGAGAGUCAGAUCAGAGCCAGGCUUCAGAGUGCCUCUCCUCCUGCAAGCUGGACCGAGCUGGAUGACGUGAAGCGUCUGCUGAGAGGAAACCACUCCAGCAGCACCAGCCCGACUCAGACCCCCAACAACACACUGCCCAUUCCCCAGAAGGCCAGCGUGGAACCGAGGACCAUGUCUGAGAGCUUGAGCGCAGACCAGUAUGACAGCAUUUGGUCUGGAGGUGUGAGCAGUGGUUACAGUUACAACACAAAUCCCAACAACCUGUCGCCUACCUCGGCCCUUUACCCGACAGGAGUUCAGAACAACCUGACGCUCCGCUCUCCCUCUGUGAGCAGUCUAACUCUGGGCACCACAGUUCCUGUGUACGGUGUUCAGAAUAACCUGGUCAGUACAAGCCCCACACUACUCUCUUCCACUGGAACCAACACACAAAUAGUGUACGGUGUGCAGAAAAAUGUGUCUGGCCCUGGAAUCAGUCCUACCACAGUGAGACCUAGAAGUCCCAUUAUUGACGAUGCCUCGGGCAAAGACUUUAAGUUUGUGCUGAUAGAGAAGGGGAACUCUCCUGUAACGAAGGAGACGGAGCGGCUGGUGAUGACCAAAGACACAGGGAAGCAGUUCAUAUCUGCUACACCUGGAAGUGCUUCAGCGACCUACUCUGGAGAUUCACUUCAGAGAGAAAAACAGAAGCUAUCAUCCAGCACAACGGACGAUGGAACAGAUGCUAAAUCUGCAACCCUUAAAGUUGCCACAAAAGACAAAGCCACCUAUGCAGAGAUCCGUAAAGGUGACUCAGGCCUUGACUCAGCUUUAAGCUUCUGCUCCUGCUGCAGCUGGUGGAAGUGGCUGCUCGGCCUCCUGCUCAGCCUGCUCCUCCUCCUCGGUCUCCUCUUUGGACUCAUCGCUUUGGCUGAACAAGUGAAACGCCUCAAGAACCGCGUGGAUGCUCUCGAAGCCAUCACUGGCACUACGUCAGCCAGGUCCAGCCGCUUGUCGGCCUCCUCUGGCAUCAACAUCAUCGAUCCGCUGGACCCGUCGUACAUCGACAGGAGUUCUGCUGGGUCCACCCUGACCCGCACUGACAAUGGGAUCUACCUGGGGUCUGCUGGACCAGGUGGAGGCGUAGGGGGCGGUGUAGGACAGGACAGUGCCGCCCUGCAGAGAGCCAUUCAGCAGCUGGUCAGGGCUGAACUCCGUUCGGAUGCUGUAAGAGAAACACUUGCAUACUCACUUAAAGGGGAGAGAGGAGAUCCAGGACCUAAAGGUGAUCCAGGUCUGCUUGGACAAAAAGGUGAUAGCGGCUUUCCUGGCUUGCCAGGUCCUCCUGGGCCGAUGGGUCACCCAGGAUUGGAUGGACCAAGGGGACUAAAAGGAAGUGCAGGUGAACCGGGCCCCGAGGGACCAGCAGGCCAGAGGGGCCGAGAUGGACCAAUGGGCCCCCGCGGAGACGCUGGACCACCAGGCUUUGGAGAGAAAGGAGACAAAGGAUCUCAGGGCGAGGCAGGACAUCCCGGUCCUCCUGGCACUACUGGACCUACGGGACUGAAAGGUGCCAUGGGAGAGCACGGUGCAUCAGGAAUCCCCGGUGUUCCAGGUCCAAAGGGUAUCCAGGGUGAUGCUGGAGCUCCAGGAGCUAAAGGUGAUCGAGGAACACCAGGGCCGCCAGGAAUCAAAGGAGAUCAGGGAGAACGGGGGUCACGUGGACCAGCAGGUGAACCAGGACAACCUGGACCACAAGGCCCUGCAGGACCAAAAGGAUCUAGAGGAAUUAUAGGUGACACGGGUUCAAUGGGACUUCCCGGUGUUAGAGGACCACCUGGACUUCCUGGAGAUGCUGGUCCCCCAGGGGAACCAGGAUCACCUGGUAAAGUCAUCGCUCCAAUUGGCUCCAAUACUGUGGCUGUUCCCGGACCACCAGGGCCUCCUGGGCCUCCAGGUCCUGCUGGAACCCAUGGUCUGUCUGGUCCCAUUGGCCCCGCUGGUGUUCCAGGACAACCUGGACCUCAGGGAGAACGAGGAGAGAAAGGAGAAAAGGGAGAGCCAGGAAAACCUGGCGAGCCUGGUAGUUUCACUGAUACAGAAACCAUCAGUUCCACCCGAUCCGACAGACUUUCAUCAGCUGCUCGAUUUUCUGGCCCACCAGGCCCUCCAGGCCCUCCUGGAGCACCUGGUCCUCCUGGUGAGACAAUACAGGGUCCUCCAGGACGCAGAGGUCCUGUGGGAGAGCCAGGAGUUGGUUUACCUGGACCUCGUGGACAGAAAGGAGAGCCAGGCAGCUUUGUGCCUACCUCAGAAACCUUUUUUGCUGGCCCACCAGGACCACCAGGACCCCAAGGCCCACAGGGUAUAGCAGGUGACCAGGGACCACAAGGGUACCAAGGUGAACCAGGUCAACCAGGUCUCCCAGGGAGUCCAGGGCCGCCGGGCACUGGUUUCCCAGGCCACCCUGGACCAAGGGGGCCUCAGGGUCCGCCAGGCCCAGAGGGGCCAGAGGGCCCAGAGGGACCACAAGGACCUAAAGGCGAUGCAGGAGUCCCCAGUGCUUCAGGAAUCUCCAGGGUCUCUGAUGGUGUCUCAUAUAGUUCUGGGGCCCCAGGCCCACCUGGACCACCUGGUCCACCUGGUCCUCCAGGAAGAGAUGGAAGUGGAUCUGGAUCAACUGAUGUGGGACAGUACAUUGCAGAAUACAUUCAGAGUAGUGACAUCAGGCAGUACCUGGCCGGGCCUCCAGGACCUCCAGGGCCUCCAGGAACACCGGGGGCUCUUGGGUCUGCAGGGGACAGUCUGGUGGAUGAUGUUGCCAAUCGUGUCAUUGCUUACAUCCAGAGUCCAGGGAGAGGAUAUGACCGGAUGCCUGGCCCUCCUGGUCCUCCAGGCCCACCUGGCUCCAUCUCUGUCAUUGACAUCAUCAAUUUAUUACAGCGAGAGGACGUGAAGAGACACAUUUCUGGUACUCCUGGUCCACCAGGAGCUCCUGGAGCUCCAGGCCAUGGCAGCUCUAGAUUCAGCACCCAGGAGGUGGCUGAACGAGUCCUCUCCCUCAUGAAUGAGAGGGGAGUGGUAGGUGUCCCUGGACCUCCUGGACCUCCUGGACUCCCUGGAAUCCCUGGACAACCUGGAAACUUAUUGUCAACUGGGCAUCAAGCACUUGUGGGUCCUCAGGGGCCUCCUGGUUCUCCAGGUAUCCCUGGUCCACAAGGUCCACCUGGACCAGCAGGUCCACCUGGGCGAACAGGUCCACCCAGCCCACAAGGAUUUGGGAACUACAUCGGUCCAGAAAUUCAUGAGUACCUGCAGAGUGUUGCCUUUAGAGGUCUACCAGGCCCCCCUGGUCCCCCUGGGCCCGAGGGCCCACCCGGUCAAGUCCACGGACUGGUUUCCUAUGCUGAACAUGCCAACAGAGAGACACUCAAAGCAGAGCAACAACAAUACGUCAAGAGUGACAGUGUUAGAGGGGCUAUGUUCGGAAAUCCUGGUACGCCAGGUCCUCCCGGACCUCCGGGACACAAGGGAGAACCAGGCAUACCCGGCACCAGAGUCUGGACUGUGGACACUGGAGACUACUCCAGCAUGGCUAUCAAAGUAACUGAUUACAUCAAAUCUCACGGUCUGCUGCGUGAUGUUGUGAGAGACUCUGAACGUCUUGUUCAAGGACCUCCAGGACCUCCUGGACUUCCAGGAUCGCCUGGACAAAGCCAAUGGCUUAGUUCCCGUGAAAAUGUUGUGGAUGUGGUGGAAUAUAUCAAAUCCCGAGGUGUGCUGCAUGACAUUGUGAGGGAAUACGGCAGUCGUGUCUUCCAUGGACCUCCAGGACCGCCCGGCCCCGCAGGUCCCCCUGGAUACAGCCGGUGGUUUGGUUCCCAUGGAAAUGCCACAGAUCUGCUGGAAUACAUCAAAUCUCAUGGUCUGCUACGUGACUUUGAACGGAACCACAAUGAACGAGCCAUCCAAGGACCACCGGGACCACCUGGCCCUCCAGGUCCCCCUGGAUACAGCCGAUUGUUUGGUUCCCACACAAAUGUUACUGAUUUAGUGGAAUACAUCAAAACACAUGGAGCCAUUGUAGGACCGCCUGGGAGACCAGGAAUGAAAGGGGACAUGGGAUUCCCAGGGCCAAAAGGAGAAAGAGGUGAACGAGGCCUUCCAGGCAGAGAUGGACGCAGAGGACAAAAAGGAGACAGAGGAGAAUUCAAUCAGACGUCUAAAAGAAGGAGGAGGGACGUUGGUGUUUAA